AAAUAAACAAACUAGCAAGAUCUCUAAUUAUUGCGUAGGAGCAUCGAUCAUUCGAUUGGCACAUUCUGUCAACCUGGUAAAACUGAGCAGCUGCCUGUGCAGCUUCGUCUCUGUAUCUCCUCCCUCUCUCCACCUCCUCUCAUCCCCUCCGUGCCCGGCCCAAAUUUAGCCGUUGUAGCUUCCGCCCUCUCUCUCUCUCUCUCUCUCUCUCUCUCUCGGCUCCGAGAAGACGCACGCACACAUCAACAGGCAGAGGAGGGGAGGGAUAACGCUUCCCGAAUCGCUUCCGUUCUUGGCUUCGAUCCUUCCUACCCAGCGCGAGGAGCUUCACUUGAUUGUUGAUCCUCGCAUCUUCCGUUGGUUCCAUCUGGGCAGCCAAGAUGAGGCUCCUGGCGUGCUGCUACAAUGAUCCGGAGAUGCAGAUCGAUCCGGACACCGUCUACCCCAUCCGCCCCGACUGCCGCGAUGACGCGCCCAAGACGCGCUUCAAGCCCCGGCCUGGCCUGACGCUGAGCCCAAAGAGAUGGAAGCUGCUCCACAAUGAGGAAGGUGUCCUGGACAUAGCUGGAAUGAUCAAAAGAGUGCAACGUGGGGGCGUCCACCCAACGAUCAAAGGAGAAGUUUGGGAAUUUUUGCUGGGCUGCUAUGACCCAAAAAGCACUACUGAACAGCGCAACCAAUUGCGACAGCAGCGAAGGUUAGAGUAUGAGAAUCUGAAAACAAAAUGCCGAGAAAUGGACACAACAGUUGGUAGUGGAAGGGUAAUUACUAUGCCUGUAAUAACAGAGGACGGUCAACCUAUCGAAGACCCUAAUUCAGAUAGAGGGGCAAGGCCUUCUUCAGUGGGCUCUGAACAGCAAACAAGUGGAGCAACACUCCCAAAAGAAGUUAUUCAAUGGAAGCUAACUCUACAUCAGAUUGGUCUUGAUGUUAAUCGUACUGAUCGUGUACUAGUGUACUAUGAGAGUCAAGCAAACUUGGCAAGGUUGUGGGACAUUCUUGCAGUGUACUCGUGGGUUGAUAAAGACAUCGGAUAUUGUCAGGGAAUGAGUGAUCUUUGUUCACCAAUAUCAAUCAUUCUGGAACAUGAAGCAGAUGCCUUUUGGUGCUUUGAACGUCUAAUGCGCAGGGUGCGAGGAAAUUUCAUAAGUACUUCUACUUCCAUUGGAGUUCGAGCUCAGCUCACAACCUUGUCAACCAUAAUGAAAUCUGUUGAUCCAAAGCUACAUGAACAUUUAGAACAUCUUGAUGGAGGGGAAUACUUAUUUGCCUUCCGAAUGCUGAUGGUUCUUUUCCGUAGGGAGUUCUCGUUCGUGGACACAAUGUACCUUUGGGAGCUCAUGUGGUCUAUGGAGUACAAUCCAAAUCUUUUUUCAAUGUUGGAGAGUGACAAUGGCACAACCAGGGCAACCACAAAUGAUGAAAGUGUCCUAAGACAGUGUGGAAAGUUUGAGCGGAAAAUUUUGCAAGCAGCUAAGAAAGAAGAGGAGAUCCCUCUAUCCGUCUUUGUUGUUGCUAGUGUUCUGGAGGCUAGAAACAAGAAGUUACUGGGUGAGGCAAAAGGUCUAGACGAUGUUGUCAAGAUUUUAAAUGAAAUCACUGGUAGUCUGGAUGCAAAAAAGGCAUGCAGAGAAGCAUUACAGAUUCAUGAGAAGUACCUAAACACGGUAAAAGCGUAGGACAUGUACAGUUCACUCGGUUGGGUUUUUUUUUGGAUCAGAGAAGCGGCUGUACCACAGAAUUUUUUUCAUUCUUUAUAUGUGGACUGUAAUUCUUUGACCCGCUUGUAAUAUUGCAUUUGCACAAAGGGAAAGGAAAGGAUGAAGAUUUCUUUUGAAAAGAAAACGAAAGAAAAAAUGAAAGAAGGAAGAAAGAAUGCCAAUUUUGUAAAGAUGAGACACAAAAAUGUUUAUUGCACAAUAAAAUCAUCAUGAUUCUUA